UCUCACUCCCUCUCUCUCUGUCUAUUUCUGUUGUCCUGCCCACUUUCUCCCUCCCUGUCCCUCUGAUAUUACCAUGAGCAACGGUGAACUUUUCACAACUCUAACUCAGCUGCAUCCAUUUACAGCACUAACAACACACUGACUGCAGGAUGCCCCUCGGAGGGGGAAACAGGUGUGGCUGUUGCCAGAAGACUGUGUACUUUGCAGAGGAAGUCCAGUGUGAAGGGAAGUAUUUCCACAAGUCCUGCUUUCUCUGCAUGGUGUGCAGAAAAAAUUUGGACAGCACCACAGUAGCUGUACACGUGGAUGAGAUCUACUGCAAAUCAUGCUACGGCAAAAAGUAUGGUCCAAAAGGCUACGGUUAUGGUGGUGGUGCUGGAACCUUGAGCAUGGACUCAGGUGAAGGACUGGGGAUUAAACCUAUGGAGCAGGCGCAACAUCAACCUACCAACAACCCCAAUGCCUCCAAGUUUGCGCAAAAAUUUGGCAGCUCGGAUGUAUGCCCUCGCUGUGGCAAAGCUGUUUAUGCAGCAGAAAAAGUGGUGGGAGCUGGAAAUUCAUGGCAUAAGAGCUGCUUCAGGUGUGCUAAGUGUGGAAAGAGCCUGGAGUCCACCACAUUAGCUGAUAAAGAUGGAGAGAUCUACUGCAAAGGUUGCUAUGCAAAGAACUUUGGGCCGAAGGGUUUUGGGUUUGGCCAGGGAGCAGGAGCACUAGCCCAUGCCCAGUAAAAAAGCAGUACACAAGACCAAGAGUCUGCUUGAGCUCUCUGCUUUGAUUCCUGCAUACUACACCUGCCACAUGCUUGCAAUUUGCACAAAGAAAUGCUUUUAAGCCUUUAUCUAUUCAUUAAAAGAGCAUUAAUUUACAUGGACUAAAUUACAGAAGCAGCAUGACUACACUUUUAUUUAUGGGUUUAUCAAACAGCCGAAGUUUUCAUACUGUUUUAUAUCUAGUAGGGUUUAAAUGUUCUUAAUGAAUCUUAAAAAUAAUGAGAGGUUAACAUGCCUUUAAAACUGCUACAAAAAAAAACUAAUUUAUUAAGAUGACUAUUCUGGUUUCACUGAUUCAGCAGCAAGCCACACAUUAGUACAAAUUACAAAUUUAUGCCUCUAUGGUACAUUUAUGAAUUAAACAGAAACAUGUUACAUGUCUAAUAGUGAAGAAAUUAAGUGUGGAUAAAACUCUUUAGACUGCUGUAACCUUCCUACACAGAUGCAUGAUAAACACGUGCAGAUGA